UGGCUGCUCCGCCCCCCUUAGUGUCACUCCCCCCUCUGCCCCCCCGGCCCCCCCUUAUGGAGAGGAUGAGGAAGAUCAAACGGCAGCUGUCACUCACUCUGGGGAGGGGAGGGGCCGGGGGAGGGGACAGGACGCUGAGUGACACAAUCAAUCAGGAAGUGACAUCACACAGUGACUCAGAGGUGGUGUCUCUUCGUGGUUCUUCUGGAGGUUUGAAGGUUCGAGGUUCCUCCUCUUCAGUUCAGUCUCUCCUUCAGUCGUACAGCAGCUCACUGAGGAAACCUCGAGGCCUCGGACGCAGCCUAAGCUCCUACCUGAACCACACCGCAAGACUGGAGAUAGUCCACGAGGAUGUGAAGAUGAGUUCAGAUGGUGAAAGCGAUCCGGCUUCUUCUUCAGACGGUGUUCAGAGUCCAGUUAGAGUCAGACUAAGAAACAAGAAGAUCUCUACGGAGGACAUUAACAAACGUCUCUCCUUACCAGCCGACAUUCGUCUUCCAGAUGGUUACCUGGAAAAGUUUAAUCUUAUUGGUCCAGCUUUGUUUGAGCAGCCAAUCAGCAGACGGCUGCGCAGAGUUUCUCUGUCAGAGAUUGGUUUUGGGAAACUGGAGACAUACGUGAAACUGGACAAACUAGGGGAGGGGACCUAUGCUACAGUGUAUAAAGGUCACAGUAAACUGACCGACAACCUUGUGGCUCUGAAAGAAAUUCGACUGGAGCAUGAAGAAGGAGCUCCGUGUACUGCUAUCAGAGAAGUGUCUCUCUUGAAGGAUCUGAAACACGCCAACAUUGUCACACUUCAUGACAUCAUCCACACACAGAAAUCCCUCACACUGGUGUUUGAGUAUCUGGACAAAGAUCUGAAACAGUAUCUGGACGACUGUGGAAACAUCAUCCAUGUUCACAAUGUCAAACUCUUUCUUUUCCAGUUGCUGCGAGGUCUUUCAUACUGUCAUAGGAGGAAAGUUCUCCACCGAGACCUGAAACCCCAAAACCUGCUGAUCAAUGAGCGAGGGGAGCUCAAACUGGCAGACUUUGGUUUGGCUCGAGCAAAGUCAAUUCCGACAAAGACGUACUCUAACGAGGUGGUGACACUGUGGUACCGACCACCGGACAUCCUGCUGGGCAGCACUGACUACUCCACUCACAUUGACAUGUGGGGUGUUGGUUGUAUCUUCUAUGAGAUGGCGACAGGUCGACCUCUGUUUCCUGGUUCCACAGUGGAGGAGGAGCUUCACUUCAUUUUCAAACUGCUGGGUACUCCCACAGAGCAAAGCUGGCCUGGGAUCAGCUCUAAUGAUGAGUUUGUGGCGUACAACUAUCCUCAGUACAGAGCAGAGAGACUGAGUAAUCACACUCCCAGGCUCAGCAGUGAAGGAGUGGAGCUGUUGUCAAAAUUCCUGCAGUUUGAAGGGAAGAAGAGGAUCUCAGCAGACGAGUCCAUGAACCAUCGUUACUUCAGUAAUCUUGGAAACAGAGUGAUGACACUUCCUGACACGACAUCUAUCUUCAGUGUGCCAGAGAUACAACUGGAGAAAGAAACAAUCAGACCGACAGUCACCCCUGAUCCAGGUAACAACCUCCCCCCUGGACUCACCCGGGUGAUGGGACACAACAUCUUAGUUAAAAUAACAGAGGUAAU